GAUGUGCAUUAGCUAAAGUAGAUAUGGUUAUUAUUCUUGAUUCUUCAACCAGUGUAGGAAGUGCUAACUACGAUAAAAUGAAAGAUUUCUGCAAAGACUUCCUCAGAAAUGCUGACCUUGAUUCCGGUAAUGUGCGUGUUGGUAUAUUAUCAUACAGUACAUCUGUUAAAGUUGAAUUCUACCUCAAUAGCUUCUCUACCUCCCAAGAAAUACUUGACGCAAUCGAUAACAUUCCUUAUCGUUAUGGCAGCACGAACACAGCUGAUAGUUUACAAAGAAUGAGAGAAGAAAUGUUUUCUGUUGGAAAUGGCGACCGUCUAGGUGUUCCAGACAUUUGUUUAAUUCUGACUGAUGGUGUAUCCAAUAUUAAUUCCAGAAGGACCAUUCCAGAGGCAGAGAAGUCCAGAGAAGCUGGUAUCCAUAUAUAUGCUAUUGGUAUUGGAUUACGAGAUACAAGGGAGUUGGAUAGAAUAGCUUCAGUACCUUCAAGUGAAAACAGCUUUAAUGUACAAAGUUUUGAUGAAUUGUCUGUUUUGAGUGAACGAGUGUUUGAAGCAUUUUGUCCAGUUGCCACAACAGAAAAACCAAGAGAAACUGGAUAUGAUUUGGUGGUUAUCCUUGAUUCUUCUGUUUCUCAAGAAUACUUUGAUUGGAUGACAACAUUUACUAAAAAUCUGGCAGAUACAAUUAGUAUAGAUAAUGAAGAAUUCAGAAUAGGUGUCUUGAGAUAUAGCACAGAUUCUAAUGUUCAAUUCAAUCUCAAGGACUAUCAAUCCAGUGGUGAUGUCAAAAAUGCUGUUGAUCAGGUCAGAUACAGAGGUGGAAUAACAAACACAGCACAAGCCAUAGAUACUGCUAGAACCCAGAUGUUCAGACCUGACCAAGGUGAUCGUGACUAUGCCAGAAACUUUAUAUUGUUGAUAACUGGUCAGGAUAAGAGUUUGAGUACAAAUGAUGCUUGGCGAGCGGCAGAGAGAGCGGAGACAGACGGAAUCCAGUUAUAUGUUGUUGGUUUAAAUGUUAACGAUCGCAUAGAACUUGAUGAGACUUCAUCUCAUCCACUAAGGACUUACCAGUAUUUGACACGGAGUGAGAGGGAACUGGCGGAAGUUCCUCCCCAGAUUUAUGCAGAUCUCUUAGGAAUGGCAAAGAACCCUCCACCCAUGAGACCAAGGCCCACUAUACCUACUGUCAGAGUAUUGUCACCCAGAUACCCUGUUAAAUAUGGAACGUCUGUGACAUUGGAUUGUGAUGUGGACUCAAAUCCCCCUCACACAAAGGUCACAUGGUACAAAGUAUCCAAUGGAGGUAGAACUGAACUGGAGAUGGAUGCUGACUACAGUGGAUCUACUGUUAAUGCACCAUCUCUCAUGAUAAACAGGGCUGACUUUAAUGACAAUGGGAAUUAUGUAUGUACCGCUGAAAAUGCUGCUGGUGUUGGUUCCAGUGAAGAGACUAGAGUUAUUGUCUCUGGGGAACCUCCAGUGGUGAAGAUAAGAGAGGAUGAGUACCUGAGUGAGUUAGGACGUGAUGUUACUCUAGAAUGUGAUGUGAUAGCAGACCCACGUGAAACAACCAUCUACUGGAGGAGAGAGGUCAGAGGGGAGAUGGUUGAUGUCGACACCACUUCCUCACGUUACUCUCGUAUAUCGCCCAGCUCACCAUCUCUGACUAUUAGAAAUUUGGAUACCUCAGAUACAGGAAUGUAUCAAUGUUUUGCUGAUAAUCCUGUUGGAACUGGACAAAGUAGACAAGCUUCUCUCAGAGUACUUUUGCCAAUCACUCUUCCAACAACUGAUAAACCAUGUGGUCAAGCUAAAGUUGAUAUUGUUAUUAUUUUGGACUCCUCAACCAGUGUGGGUGAUGCUAACUACCAGAAAAUGAAGAAUUUCUGUAAAGAUUUCUUAAAGAAUGCUGAUUUGGAUUCUGGUAAUAUACAGGUGGGAAUUGUUUCAUACAGUACUGGCGUUCAUAUUGAAUUCCAAAUGAAUGAUUUCAGCUCCUCACAAGACAUAAUGGAAGCUAUUGACGCCAUUCCAUAUAGAUAUGGAAGUACAAACACUGCUGAUGGUUUGAGAACAAUGCGUUCACAAAUGUUCACAGCUGCCAAUGGAGAUCGUGAUGGUGUGCCUAAUGUAGUACUUAUAUUAACUGAUGGUGUGUCAAAUAUAAAUUCACGAAGAACCAUUCCUGAGGCAGAGAAGGCUCGCGCAGAAGGAAUUCAUAUCUAUGCUGUUGGUAUUGGUUUAAGAGAUACCCGUGAAUUGGAUGCCAUGGCCUCUGAACCGUCCUCUGAAAACAGCUUCAAUGUACAAAGCUUUGAUGAAUUGGCAGUUUUGAGUGACCAAGUCUUCCAAGCUUUCUGUCCAGUUGCCACAACAGUAAAACCACAGGAAACUGGUUAUGAUUUGGUCAUUAUCCUUGAUUCUUCUGUUUCUCAAGAAUAUUUUGAUUGGAUGACAACAUUUACUAGAAAUCUGGCAGAUACAGUAAGUAUCGAUGAUGACGAAUUUAGAGUUGGUUUGUUGAGAUAUAGCACAGAUUCAAAUGUUCAAUUCAAUCUCAAGGACUAUCAGUCCAGUGGUGAUGUUAAAAAUGCUGUUGACCAAGUCAGAUACAGGGGUGGAAUAACAAACACAGCACAAGCCAUAGAUACUGCUAGAACCCAGAUGUUCAGACCUGACCAAGGUGAUCGUGACUAUGCCAGAAACUUUAUAUUGUUGAUAACUGGUCAGGAUAAGAGUUUGAGUACAAAUGAUGCUUGGCGAGCGGCAGAGAGAGCAGAGACAGACGGAAUCCAGUUAUAUGUUAUGGGCUUAAAUAUUAAUGAUCGUGAGGAGCUGGAUGAGACAUCUUCCCAUCCUUUAAACACCUAUCAAUAUUUAACAAGGAGUGAGAGGGAAUUGGCUGAAGUUCCUCCCCAGAUAUAUGCUGAUCUUCUUGGUAUGGGAAAAAAUCCUCCUCCAAUGAGACCAAGACCAGUGAAACCUGAAGUAGAUAUUAAACCAUACAGAAGCACUGUACUUUACGGAGGACCUGUGACAAUAGAAUGUACAGUGAAGUCUGAUAUUCCUGUCAAGGAAGUCACAUGGUAUCGUGUCCAAGGGGAUUCACGGACGCCAGUAGUAGUAGAUGGUAGGAAAUACAGUGGCUCUACAGUACGUGUGCCAUCUCUAACAAUAAACAGUGCAAAAUUUCAAGAUGAAGGUACCUACGUAUGUACUGCAAAGAAUGCUGCUGGUGUUGGAUCAAGUACUAAUGGUGAUGUUGAUGUUACUGGAGCGAUUCCUGUUAUCACAGUUCCAAAGAGAGAAUAUACAGGAGAUUUGGGUACAGAGGUUACUCUAGAAUGUGAUGUUGUGGCCAAUCCACCUGAAACAAUUGUCAACUGGAGGAGAGAGGACAGAGGAGAGAUGGUUGAUGUUGACACCAGGACCUCUCGUUACUCUCGUGUCUCUCCCAGCUCACCAUCUCUGACUAUCACAAAUUUGGAUACCUCAGAUACAGGAAUGUAUCAGUGUUUUGCUGAUAAUCCUGUUGGAACUGGACAAAGUCAACAAACUUCUCUCAGAGUUCUGUUGCCAAUCACUCUUCCAACAACUGAUAAACCAUGUGGUCAAGCCAAAGUUGAUAUUGUUAUUAUUUUGGACUCCUCAACCAGUGUGGGUGAUGCUAAUUACCAGAAAAUGAAGAAUUUCUGUAAAGAUUUCUUGAAGAAUGCUGAUUUAGAUUCUGGUAAUAUACAGGUGGGAAUUGUUUCAUACAGUACUGGUGUUCAUAUUGAAUUCCAAAUGAAUGAUUUCAGCUCCUCACAAGACAUAAUGGAAGCUAUUGACGCCAUUCCAUAUAGAUAUGGAAGUACAAACACUGCUGAUGGUUUGAGAACAAUGCGUUCACAAAUGUUCACGGCUGCCAAUGGGGAUCGUGAUGGUGUGCCUAAUGUGGUACUUAUAUUAACUGAUGGUGUGUCAAAUAUAAAUUCAAGAAGAACCAUUCCUGAGGCAGAGAAGGCUCGUGCAGAAGGAAUUCAUAUCUAUGCUGUUGGUAUUGGUUUAAGAGAUACCCGUGAAUUGGAUGCCAUGGCCUCUGAACCUUCCUCAGAAAACAGCUUCAAUGUACAAAGCUUUGAUGAAUUAGCAGUUUUGAGUGACCAAGUCUUCCAAGCUUUCUGUCCAGUUGCCACGACAGAAAAACCACAGGAAACUGGUUAUGAUUUGGUCGUUAUACUUGAUUCUUCUGUUUCUCAAGAAUAUUUUGAUUGGAUGACAACAUUUACUAGAAAUCUAGCAGAUACAGUUAGUAUUGAUGAUGAAGAAUUCAGAGUUGGUUUGUUGAGAUAUAGCACAGAUUCAAAUGUUCAAUUCAAUCUCAAGGACUAUCAGUCCAGCGGUGAUGUCAAAAAUGCAGUUGAUCAGGUCAGAUACAGAGGUGGAAUAACAAACACAGCACAAGCCAUAGAUACUGCUAGAACCCAGAUGUUCAGACCUGACCAAGGUGAUCGUGACUAUGCCAGAAACUUUAUAUUGUUGAUAACUGGUCAGGAUAAGAGUUUGAGUACAAACGAUGCUUGGCGAGCAGCAGAGAGAGCAGAGACAGACGGAAUCCAGUUAUAUGUUAUGGGCUUGAAUAUUAAUGAUCGUGAGGAGCUGGAUGAGACGUCUUCUCAUCCUUUGAACACCUACCAAUAUUUAACAAGGAGUGAGAGAGAACUAGCUGAGGUUCCUCCCCAGAUUUAUGCUGAUCUUCUUGGUAUGGGAAAAAAUCCUCCUCCAAUGAGACCCAGACCAGUGAAACCUGAUGUAGGCAUUAAACCAUACAGAAGCACUGUACUUUAUGGAGGACCAGUGACAAUAGAAUGUACUGUGAAGUCUGAUAUACCUGUCAAGGAAGUCACAUGGUAUCGAGUGCAAGGAGAUUCAAGGACACCAGUUGUAGUAGAUGGUAGAAAAUACAGUGGUUCUUCAGUACGUGUGCCCUCUCUUACAAUAAACAGUGCAAACUUUAAAGAUGAAGGUACCUACGUAUGUACUGCAGAGAAUGCUGCUGGUGUUGGAUCCAGUACUAAUGGUGAUGUUGAUGUUACUGGAGCACUUCCUGUUGUCACAGUUCCAAAGAGAGAAUACACUGGAGAUAUGGGUACAGAGGUUACUCUAGAAUGUGAUGUUGUGGCAAAUCCACCUGAAACCACUGUCUACUGGAGGAGAGAGGACAGAGGAGAGAUGGUUGAUGUUGACACCACUUCAUCACGUUACUCUCGUGUCUCACCCAUCUCACCAUCUCUGACCCUCACAAAUUUGGAUACUUCAGAUACAGGAAUGUAUCAGUGUUAUGCUGAUAAUCCAGUAGGAACUGCACAAAGUCAACAGACUUCUCUCAGAGUUCUUUUACCAAUCACUCUUCCAACAACUGAUAAACCAUGUGGUCAAGCCAAAGUUGAUAUUGUCAUUAUUUUGGACUCCUCAACCAGUGUGGGUGAUGCUAACUAUCAGAAAAUGAAGAAUUUCUGUAAAGAUUUCUUAAAGAAUGCUGAUUUAGAUUCUGGUAAUAUCCAAGUUGGAAUUGUUUCAUACAGUACUGGUGUCCAUAUUGAAUUCCAAAUGAAUGACUUCAGUAGCUCACAAGACAUAAUGGAAGCUAUUGAUGCCAUUCCAUAUAGAUAUGGAAGUACAAACACAGCUGAUGGUUUGAGAACUAUGCGUUCACAAAUGUUCACAACUGCCAAUGGGGAUCGUGAUGGUGUGCCUAAUGUAGUACUUAUAUUAACUGAUGGUGUGUCAAAUAUAAAUUCAAGAAGAACCAUUCCUGAGGCAGAGAAGGCUCGUGCAGAAGGAAUUCAUAUCUAUGCUGUUGGUAUUGGUUUAAGAGAUACCCGUGAAUUGGAUGCCAUGGCCUCUGAACCGUCCUCAGAAAACAGCUUCAAUGUACAAAGCUUUGAUGAAUUGGCAGUUUUGAGUGACCAAGUCUUCCAAGCUUUCUGUCCAGUUGCCACAACUGUAAAACCACAGGAAACUGGUUAUGAUUUGGUUGUUAUCCUUGAUUCUUCUGUUUCGCAAGAAUAUUUUGAUUGGAUGACAACAUUUACUAAAAAUCUCGCUGAUACAGUUAGUAUCGAUGAUGAAGAAUUUAGAGUUGGUUUGUUGAGAUAUAGCACAGAUUCUAAUGUUCAGUUCAAUCUCAAGGACUAUCAAUCCAGCAGUGAUGUACAAAAUGCUGUUGACCAGGUCAGAUACAGGGGUGGAAUAACAAACACAGCACAAGCCAUAGAUACUGCUAGAACCCAGAUGUUCAGACCUGACCAAGGUGAUCGUGACUAUGCCAGAAACUUUAUAUUGUUGAUAACUGGUCAAGAUAAGAGUUUGAGUACAAAUGAUGCUUGGCGAGCGGCAGAGAGAGCAGAGACAGACGGAAUCCAGUUAUAUGUUAUGGGAUUGAAUAUUAAUGAUCGUGAGGAGCUGGAUGAGACCUCUUCCCAUCCUUUGAACACCUAUCAAUAUUUAACAAGGAGUGAGAGAGAACUAGCUGAAGUUCCUCCCCAGAUAUAUGCUGAUCUUCUUGGUAUGGGAAAAAAUCCUCCUCCAAUGAGACCAAGACCAGUGAAACCUGAUGUAGAUAUUAAACCAUACAGAAGCACUGUACUUUAUGGAGGACCUGUGACAAUAGAAUGUACAGUGAAGUCUGAUAUACCUGUCAAGAAAGUCACAUGGUAUCGUGUCCAAGGUGAUUCAAGGACACCAGUAGUAGUAGAUGGUAGAAAAUAUAGUGGUUCUACAGUACGUGUGCCCUCUCUUACAAUAGAUAGUGCAAACUUUCAAGAUGAAGGUUCCUAUGUGUGUACUGCAGAGAACGCUGCUGGUGUUGGAUCCAGUACUAAUGGUGAUGUUGAUGUUACUGGAGCACUUCCUGUUGUCACAGUUCCAAAGAGAGAAUACACUGGAGAUUUGGGUACAGAGGUUACUCUAGAAUGUGAUGUUGUGGCUAAUCCAUCUGAAACAACCUUGUACUGGAGGAGAGAGGACAGAGGAGAGAUGGUUGAUGUUGACACCAGGUCCUCUCGUUACUCUCGUGUCUCUCCCAGCUCACCAUCUCUGACUAUUAGAAAUUUGGAUACUUCAGAUACAGGAAUGUAUCAAUGUUUUGCUGAUAAUCCUGUUGGAACUGCACAAAGUCAACAAACUUCUCUCAGAGUUAUUUUACCAAUAACUCUUCCAACAACUGAUAAACCAUGUGGUCAAGCCAAAGUUGAUAUUGUUAUUAUUUUGGACUCUUCAACCAGUGUGGGUGAUGCUAACUACCAGAAAAUGAAGAAUUUCUGUAAAGAUUUCUUAAAGAAUGCUGAUUUAGAUUCCGGUAAUAUACAGGCUGGAAUUGUUUCAUAUAGUACUGGUGUCCAUAUUGAAUUCCAAAUGAAUGACUACAGUAGCUCACAAGACAUAAUGGAAGCUAUUGAUGCCAUUCCAUAUAGAUAUGGAAGUACAAACACUGCAGAUGGUUUGAGAACAAUGCGUUCACAAAUGUUCACGGCUUCCAAUGGGGAUCGUGAUGGUGUGCCUAAUGUAGUACUUAUAUUAACUGAUGGUGUGUCAAAUAUAAAUUCACGAAGAACCAUUCCUGAGGCAGAGCAGGCUCGUGCAGAAGGAAUUCAUAUCUAUGCUGUUGGUAUUGGUUUAAGAGAUACCCGUGAAUUGGAUGCCAUGGCCUCUGAACCAGCUUCGGAAAACAGUUUCAAUGUACAAAGCUUUGAUGAAUUAGCAGUUUUGAGUGACCAAGUCUUCCAAGCCUUCUGUCCAGUUGCCACAACAGUAAAACCACAGGAAACUGGUUAUGAUUUGGUCGUUAUCCUUGAUUCUUCUGUUUCUCAAGAAUAUUUUGAUUGGAUGACAACAUUUACCAGAAAUCUCGCAGAUACAGUUAGUAUUGAUGAUGAAGAAUUUAGAGUUGGUUUGUUGAGAUAUAGCACAGAUUCAAAUGUUCAAUUCAAUCUCAAGGACUAUCAGUCUAGUGGUGAUGUCAAAAAUGCUGUGGACCAGGUCAGAUACAGAGGUGGAAUAACAAACACAGCACAAGCCAUUGAUACUGCUAGAACCCAGAUGUUCAGACCUGACCAAGGUGAUCGUGAUUAUGCCAGAAACUUUAUAUUGUUGAUAACUGGUCAGGAUAAGAGUUUGAGCACAAAUGAUGCUUGGCGAGCGGCAGAGAGAGCAGAGACAGACGGAAUCCAGUUAUAUGUUAUGGGCUUGAAUAUUACUGAUCGAGAGGAACUGGAUGAGACCUCUUCCCAUCCUUUGAGCACCUAUCAAUAUUUAACAAGGAGUGAGAGGGAACUGGCUGAAGUUCCUCCACAGAUUUAUGCUGAUCUUCUUGGUAUGGCAAAGAAUCCACCUCCAAUGAGACCAAGACCAGUGAAACCUGAUGUAGAUAUUAAACCAUACAGAAGCACUGUACUUUAUGGAGGACCUGUGACAAUACAGUGUACAGUAAGUUCUGACAUACCUGUCAAGGAGGUCACAUGGUAUCGUGUCCAAGGUGAUUCAAGGACACCAGUUGUAGUAGAUGGUAGAAAAUACAGUGGUUCUACAGUACGUGUGCCCUCUCUUACAAUAAACAGUGCAAACUUUCAAGAUGAAGGUACAUAUGUUUGUACUGCAGAGAAUGCUGCUGGUGUUGGAUCCAGUACUAAUGGUGAUGUUGAUGUAACUGGAGCUGUUCCUGUUGUGACAGUUCCAAGGAGAGAAUACAGCAGAGAUUUGGGUAGAGAGGUUACUCUUGAAUGUGACGUUGUGGCUAAUCCACCUGAAACGACUGUCUACUGGAGGAGAGAGGACAGAGGAGAGAUGGUUGAUGUUGACACCAGGUCCUCUCGUUACUCUCGUGUCUCUCCCAGCUCACCAUCUCUGACUAUCACAAAUUUGGAUACUUCAGAUACAGGAAUGUAUCAAUGUUUUGCUGAUAAUCCUGUUGGAACUGGACAAAGUCAACAGACUUCUCUCAGAGUACUUUUGCCAAUCACUAUUCCUGCAACUGCAAAGCCUUGUGGUCAGGCUAAAGUUGAUAUUGUGAUCAUAUUGGACUCCUCUACCAGUGUUGGUGAUGACAAUUACCAGAAAAUGAAGAAUUUCUGUAAGGAUUUCUUAAAGAAUGCUGAUUUGGAUUCAGGCAAUAUUCGUGCAGGAAUUGUGUCCUACAGUACUGGUGUCCAUGUUGAAUUCCAGAUGAAUGACUACAGCUCCUCACAAGACAUAAUGGAAGCUAUAGAUGCCAUUCCAUAUAGAUAUGGAAGUACAAACACUGCUGAUGGUUUGAGAACAGUGCGUUCAGAAAUGUUCACGGCUGCCAAUGGAGAUCGCGAUGGUGUGCCUAAUGUAGUACUUAUAUUAACUGAUGGUGUGUCAAAUAUAAACUCAAGAAGAACCAUUCCUGAAGCAGAGCAGGCUCGUGCUGCAGGAAUUCAUAUAUAUGCUGUUGGUAUUGGUUUAAGGGACACCCGGGAGUUGGAUGCCAUGGCCUCUGAACCAGCCUCAGAAAACAGCUUCAAUGUACAAAGCUUUGAUGAAUUGGCAGUUUUGAGUGACCAAGUCUUCCAAGCUUUCUGUCCAGGAGCGACAACUGCAGUGCCACUUCCCAGUGGUUAUGACAUUGUUAUUGCAAUGGAUUCAUCAGUCCAACAAGAUCAGUUUGAUGGAUGGAUGAAAAAUUAUGCCAAGAGCUUUGUCAACCAAAUUAGUCUUGAUGACGACGAAUAUCGGUUAGGCCUGGUACGGUUUGAUUCUAAUGCUGAUGUGCAGUUCAAUUUGAAAGAUUAUGGAACAAAACAGGAUGUGUUGAAUGCUGUUGACAAUGUUCAGUACAAGGCUGGUGGAACAACUAAUGUGGCCGGAGCUUUUGAUGUAGUCAGAAAGAGGAUGUUUAAAAACGAUAAGGGUGAUCGUGACUUUGCCCGUAAUUAUAUAUUAUUGCUGACCGGCAAUGAAAGAAGUGAUGACACUAACGAAGCUUGGGCUGCUGCUGAACGAGCGGAGGAUGAUGGGAUUGGAAUUUACGUUGUUGGUGUUGGCAUUAACGACAGAACUGAAUUGGAUGAGACCUCUUCACAUCCACUCGACACAUUCCAGUAUGUUGUUGGAGAUGAGAGAGAAUUGCAAGAUGUUCCUGUUAAGAUAGAAGAUGCUGUCAAAGGCUUACCUCAGGUAGCUCCUCCAAUGAGACCAAGACCAAGACUGAGAGACACUACAACUCCAGCUUCAGAUUGUGGCCUGUCUAAGACUGAUUUGGUGAUUGUAUUGGAUGCUUCUACAAGUGUGGGAGAGGAUAAUUUUAAAAAGAUGCUAGAGUUCUGUAAAGAUUUCUUGGCCAAUGCUGAUAUCGACUCUGGCAAUGUCCAUGCUGGAAUCUUAAGUUACAGUACCAGUGUCAAGAUAGAGUUCCAGAUUGGUGCCCAUACAACAACUGCAGAUAUCAGAAAUGCAAUUGAUGGAAUUAAAUAUGCGUACGGCAGUACCAACACUGCUGAUGCUAUUGAAACAAUGGCUUCAAAAAUGUUUGGUACAUCAGCAGAUCGUUCAGAUGCUCCCAACAUUGGUAUAAUUGUGACUGAUGGUGUGUCUAAUAUAAACUCUAGAAGGACCAUUCCCGAAGCUGAGGAGGCUAGAAGAAAAGGAAUUCAUAUUUACUCUAUUGGUAUUGGGUUGACAGACACUAAAGAGGUCUUUGCUAUAGCCACACCACCACAUGAGGAGAACAGCUUUAAUGUACAGAGUUUUGAUGAAUUACGUGGACUCGAUCAGAAGAUUUUCUCCUCAAUUUGCCCAGGCAGGUCUACUGCUGCUGCUCUUACUACAACAAAAGUAACACCUAGACCAGAGAGAGUUACUACUGCUGUCCCAAUCAACAUAUUUCCAACAACUGAGGGAUGUGGUCUGGCUAAGGUUGACUUAGUUAUAAUCCUGGAUUCCUCCACCAGUGUGGGAGAAGGAAAUUACGACAAGAUGCUACAAUUCACCAAAGAUCUCCUGGCUAACUCUGAUAUCGAUAAUGGAAAUGUACGCGUUGGAGUGGUCAGUUAUAGUACAGCAGUCUCGGUACAUUUCCAGUUGAAAGAUUAUAGAACCAAAAAUGAUGUAUUUAAUGCUAUUGACAAAAUCAAUUAUAUAUAUGGUAGCACAAAUACAGCCGAUGCUAUCCGUUCGAUGCGAGCCGAUAUGUUCACUGUAGGAAAUGGGGAUAGAUCAGAUGUGAAGAACAUCGGUAUAAUUAUCACUGAUGGUGUUUCCAAUAUCAAUUCACGAAGGACAAUACCUGAAGCAGAGAAAGCAAGAGAUGAGGGAAUUCAAAUCUAUGCCAUUGGUAUUGGUUUGUCUGAUGUAAGGGAGUUGAAUGCUAUGGCUUCUGUACCAGCUAAAGAUAAUACAUUCAAUGUCAAGAGCUUUGAUGAAUUGAAAGGUCUUGACCAGAAAAUAUUCUCAUCAAUAUGUCCAGGGGAUUUACCAACAAGACGACCAAGAACUACUCCUAGCCCUACAACAACUACAGGGGUUCCACGACCAAGACCACCAAGAACUACUCCUAGCACUACAACAAGAGGGGUUCCACGACCAAGACUACCAAGAACUACUCCUAGCACUACAACAAGAGGGGUUCCACGACCAAGACCACCAAGAACUACUCCUAGCACUACAACAAGAGGGGUUCCACGACCAAGACCACCAAGAACUACUCCUAGCACUACAACAAGAGGGGUUCCACGACCAAGACCACCAAGAACUACACCUAGCCCAACAAUAACUACAGAAGCCAUAACUAGACCCGUGGUUACAAUACCAACAACCACUGAAGCACCCCAUGGAUACGAUUUGGUUGUUGUCAUGGAUUCUUCUGUGUCGCAGCAACAUUUUGGAUGGUUUAAGAAUUUCGCCAAAACUUUACCAGACCAACUGGAUGUUGAUGGGGGAGAAUAUAGAAUUGGACUGAUGCGGUACAGUACAACAGGUGACGUCCAGUUCAAUCUACAAACUUAUGCCAAUAACGGCGCUGGAUUUAAACGUGCGGUAGACAGGGUGUCAUACAGAGGAGGGGAGACCAAUACAGAUAAGGCCAUUGAUAAAGCCAGAAAACUUAUGUUUAAAAAGAGACGGGGUGAUAGAGACUAUGCCAGGAACUUUAUCUUGUUGUUGACAGAUAAUGACAAGAGUGCAGAUACCAACAGAGUCUGGGAAGCAGCUGAGAAGGCAGAAGAUGAAGAAAUCUUUAUCUACACUGUUGGACUGGACAUUGGAGACCGUACAGAGAUUGAUGAGACGUCAUCACAUCCACUCAGCACUUACGAAUAUUUGGUUAGAAGGGAGAGUGAUUUGUAUGAACUUCCAGGUCAACUCAAAUAUGCAUUAAGAGAUGAACCAUUGAAAGCUCCACCAAUGAGGCGACGUCCUCGGCUGACUACAACAACAACAACAACAACGACAACCACAACUCCUCGACCAACGACAACACCAAAAAGAGACUCUGGAUAUGAUUUAGUUAUUGUCCUUGACUCAUCAGUUAAACCAGAACAUUUCCGCUGGAUGAAGAGUUUUAGUAAAGCUUUAUCCCGACAACUCAGUGUUGAUAAUGGUGAAACUAGAAUUGGUGUAAUGAGAUAUAGCACAUAUGCUGAUAGACAGUUUGAUCUGAAUCGAUAUACCACCAGUGAUGAUCUUGUGAGGGGUAUUGACAGGAUAUCCUACCGUCCUGGAUCCACCAACACAGCAAAAGCCUUAGAUACUGUAAGAACAAGCAUGUUAAGAUCUUCUAAGGGAGACAGAGACUAUGCUAGGAACUUUGUGUUGUUGUUGACGGGACAGGACAAGAGCUUGAGCACUAACAAUGCAUGGAGAGCUGCUGAAAGGCUUGAAGACACUGGUGCUGGUCUUUAUGUGAUUGGUUUAGACAUACAAGAUGAAACAGAGUUGGAUGAGCUAGCAUCACAUCCACUAUCUACGUACCAGUUCUUAACCAGGAGUCAGUCAGAACUACUAGAACUCCCAGGACAGAUAGACUCUGGAUUGAAAGGAAUGUCUAAAAUUCCAAACUGGCCACCAUUCAGGCGAAGACCAUAUAUUACAACUACGUUACCCCCUACAACAACAUACCGACCACGCCCACCAGGAUCAUGUACUUCAGAAGCAGAUGUGAUUUUUGUCCUGGAUUCAUCUGGUAGUGUUGGGCAGUAUAACUUUUAUAAUGUUCUCAAUUUUACCAACAAUGUUGUGAAUGAUCUGGAAAUUGACAGCGGUAACUUCAGGGUGGGAGCUGUCACUUUUAGUGAUAAUGCAAGACAAGAAUUUUACCUGAACUCUUAUAACAAAAGACAAGACAUAGAGAGAGCUCUGUCUAGGAUUCGUUACGUCUAUGGUUCGACUCAUACAGCUGCUGCUCUACGAAUGGUCAGAGAGACAAUGCUGACAACAACACAUGGAGACAGACCUGGAGUACCAAAUGUGGUUGUUAUAGUAACAGAUGGAGAAUCCAAUAUCCGGCACACUGAGACUUUACCAGAAGCUAAAUUACUGAAAAACAUGGGUGCAACCUUGAUCACUGUAGCUGUUGGCUUUGAUCAAAUGACUCCAGAGUUGACUGGAUUGACAUCUGAGCCUGUGCAAGAUAAUUUGAUACAAGUCACAAAUUAUGAUGCACUUUCACAGUUGAGAGAAAAACUGGUGGAGCCUUUAUGCAAAGAUAUUAAUUUAUGUAGUAAGAAUCCUUGUAAGAACAAUGCUGAGUGUAUUGAUGGCUUGAGGAGUUAUAGGUGUAACUGUCCUGAUGGAUACUUUGGUGCAAAUUGUGAAAAGGCCUGCUCUGGACAAGCUGAUGUUGUAUUCAUGUUGGACUCUUCCACCGCUGUAGGCCGUCCUACUUUCGAAAGAAUGAAAAGGUAUUCUGAAACCCUCGUCACUGAGAUGAAUGUAGAAGACUGUGGCGUUAGGGUAGGAUUCAUGAAGUACAGUUCUGCACCAAUGAUCCAGUUCAAUAUGAACCGAUACACUGAUACCGAUACAAUCAACCGGGCGGUGGAUAGUAUCCAUUACACCAGUGGACGUGCAAACAUGGCUGACGCUUUCAGAGAAGUUAGAACAAGGAUGUUUAACAACGCAGGGGAUCGUGCAGAUGUCAAAAAUGUUGUUUUCUUACUGUCAGAUGGGUCGACAGACAUUAAAAAAGAGGAUACAAUGAUGGAAGCGGAAAUGACAAUAAAUGCUGGCAUUAGUAUUAUUCCAAUUGGUGUACAACUUAGACACAGGGAAGAGCUAGAAAAUAUUGCUACUGCUCAAGGUGUUAAUGUUGAAGUUAUCAACGAUGACAAUGAUCUUCUGGGUCUGAGUGAUCAGGUUCUAAGACCAGUCAUGGAGUUAAAAGAUUAUUGUGAUGGAAACCCAUGUGAACAUGGAGGUAGUUGCCAAAGUGAUGCCCUGGGUUACAGAUGUGACUGUGUUCCUGGAUACACAGGAGAGAAUUGUAACAGAAGGUGUCAAGCCAGGGCUGAUAUUGUAUUUGCUGUCGAUACUUCAAGAUAUGUAUCCAAACCACAGCUACGUCAAGUGAGAAGGUUUAUCAAAUCUAUGGUCAAGAGGAUGUCAUUCAAGAGCAGGAUGAAUGCUGGAAUUGUACAAUUUGGACGUGCUUCUGAUGUUAAAUUAACGUUCAGGGAAAGUCUCAAGAAGAGGAAUGUGCUUAAUGCUGUAUCAUCUAUCAGGAGAAUGCCAGGUAAUCCCAAUCCAGCAGAAGCCUUACGUAAGUCUAGGAUCAGUGUAUUGAACGGUGGUGGAGAACGUGGUGAUGUUCCUAACAUAGUUGUCCUGAUAACAACUAGCACUAGACAAGAAGAUGAGGUCAUUGAAGAGGCAAAUAAGCUGAAACAGAAAGGAACAAAAGUUAUUGUUGUUGGAAUUGGGUUGUCAGCAUCAGACGAAGAAUUUAUGAUGGCAGCAGUUAGCUCCCCUGUUAGCAAAUAUUUGUACCAGUCCAAAGAUGUUAAUGGAUUAACUGACAUUUCUGACAACAUUAUGGCUUAUCUUUGUAAUGAGAAAGAUAUGUGUGCGACAAAUCCAUGUCAAAAUGGUGGCUAUUGUGUUAGUGAACGCAAUAGUUACUUUUGUGAAUGCAGAGAAGGUUUUGCUGGACAGAACUGUGAUCAAGCUUGUGACGCUAAGGCAGAUGUUGCCUUCCUCAUUGAUUCCUCUGGUAGCAUCGGUCAACAUAACUUCCGACUGGUCAAAGACUUUAUUUACAGAGUCGUAGAGGAACUGACCAUUGGGAAGCGACACACACGUAUAGGAUUGGUCUCAUACAGUACAUCGGCCAGAAUGGGAUUCCAUCUCGAUGAUUAUAUUACUAAAUCUGGUGUAGAAGAUGCUAUUUCCAGUGUUGGUUAUGUUUAUGGUAACACAAACACAGCUGCUGGAAUAAAGAUGGUGAGACGAAGUGUAUUUAACCCAUCUAGAGGUGACCGACCUGAUGCACAAAAUUUCUUGAUAAUAAUAACUGAUGGUGUAUCUAAUGUAAAGGCAGAGAGCACAAUACCUGAGGCCCAGAAAGCCAAAGAGGAAGGAGUACAUGUUAUAACUAUUGGUGUCGGAACUUUUGAUCGUGCAGAGUUACGAGCUAUGGCCAGUGAACCAACUGAUAAUAAUGUGAAAAUAAUUGAUGACUUCAAUGCAUUGGCUAGUUUGACAACUGACUUGGUUAAAGCCACUUGUAGAGAUGAAUCAAUAUGUAAUGAGAAUCCUUGUUUGAAUGGAGGUGUCUGCAGUGUUGGGGUCAAUACAUUUCAAUGUAAAUGUCCAACAGGAUACUCAGGCCAUAGGUGUGAGAAAGCCUGUAUAGACAGAAAGGAUAUUGUGUUUGUACUGGAUUCAUCAUCGAGUGUCGGCAAAGAUAAUUUCCAAUAUAUGUUAGAUUUCGUGAGAGCAUUAGUAGAAGAAAUUGGUGGCACUUCAAACGAACACAGGUUUGCCCUUAUAACAUACAGUACAAGAGUCAACCUGGUUUUCAGCCUGGGAAGAUAUUCUAAUGGUAAUGUAGCUAAGGUAAUUUCUACAACACGUUAUAAAGCCGGCUCAACAAAUACUGCUGGAGGUCUACGCACUGCAGCAGAUGUGUUGAAAAUGAGCGGUGGCAGAAGUUCCGCGGAGGACAUAGUAAUUCUGUUGACUGAUGGACAGUCUAACCUCAAUUCCAGGGAUACCAUACCAUCAGCGGAAGCAUUGAAACAGAAAGGUGUUAAAGUUAUAACUAUUGGUAUUAAGAUUUCUGAUACGGACGAAAUUAAGGCUAUAGCUUCUAGUGAAAAGGAGGUUUUCAUAGCUAAAGACUUUCAAUCUCUUACAGACAUUAAACAGGAAAUAUCUGAAAAUUCAUGUCAAGGCAAUGGAAGUUAGUUUAGUGUGUAAUAGUUCUAUUUCUAACAUUUAAUGAAAUUUUUAUAACAUUUUUUAAUCUAUUGUGUAAAUUAAAAAUUCUACAGAGCUUGUGUUACUUGUAUUCAUAUAUGUUUAUAAUAAAUUGAGCAUCUACGCCUAUAUUUUUUGUCUAUCUAUCUAUUAAGAUUAUCAUUAACAUUGACAUGAUGUUCAAUUCUUUCUUUGGACUUAUCAAUUUUUUAUAUAGAAUUUGCUUAUCCAUUUGGAUUAAAAACAUGUAAAAAUCUGAUCAAAUUGAUUAUGAAUAAUAAAUAUGAAACACACACAGUACAACAAUCUGAAUUCAAGGGAACAGAUGCAGUUGACAAAAUAGAAAAAAAAACAGUUGUGCUCUGCUGCUAAGUCUAAUUUGUGGAUGGAGUUAUUGUAAUUAAUAUAAUGAAUGAAAUAAUUAUUAUUAGCGAUUACUAAAUAACCUUUGUUUGCUUAUAUACUAAUGAAGAAUAUAACAACCUGUUAACUCUUGUGUAAUGUUUAUUUUAAGGCUACAUUAAAUUCAUUUGUUGUUUUUAUCUUGCUGUAACCCUGAUGAAAAUAGGUGCAAGGGAGAAAAAAAAUUUCCAGAUUAAAAUAAUUAUUGGAUUUAUUUUUUUCGUUUUUUUCCUAGGAUUUUUCUUUUGAAUUAAAAAUGGCAGAAUGAUUUAGUGUGGCCUUAUAGAAAAUUUCAUCAUUUCACCUGUAUCUUUUCAUUAAACUGUGAUGUAUAAUUGUCAUGAAAUUAUAAUAUAUAUAAUGUUAUGCAUAUGCUUAUCAUCUACUUAAAUGAUAUAUUGAAUGGAAAGUAUUUAAUUUCAAAACCUUACUUAACUGAUUUUUUUUUUAAUUAGAACUUUUAAAAUUUGUACAUUAUCUCAGACUCCUAUCAAAAAUCUUUGGCAAUUUAUU